AUGGAAAAAAUCUACACUCAAUAUAAUAAUUUAAAAAGAAGACGUAGAAAAGAAGUUAAACGUUUACAAGAAGAAGCGGCUAGAUUUUUGAAUAAUAGAUCUUUUAAAUCACGAAAUACAAAUAAUUCUAUGAAUACUG